AUGUCCGCACGCUGCGAAGCGGCUUUGGCAGCCCUCACUUUCCUGGACACGCUGAAGUUCAGCUGCGAUGCAGAUGCCACACGCAGUUUGCAGAGAAGUGACUGCCCAGACUGUGGCAAAGCAGUGCGUUUAUACUGCACCAAGUGUGUUCAGAGUGUGGUCCCUCUGCCCAAGCCCUUGGAUUUGGGGCUGCAGGUGUUGAUUUUCCGACACCCAAAAGAAGCGGCAGCAAAGUCAUCUGCCACGCCCUUGCCAUUGCUGUCCAGAGAUAUUGAGGUUUGCGAAUGGCAAAGCGACAAUUGCCGUGCCAGUUGUAGUGCAUUGGGUCCUGGUACCUGGUUGGUGUUCCCCAGUCAGGACGCCAUCGACGCCUCACUGGUGGAUUGGUCCGAAGUGACUCGCCUCGUGCUGGUGGACAGCCGCUGGAAACAUGCCAGGGCAGUGGUGGAGGAUCCUAAGCUGCAGCUGAAGCAGCUGCCAGCCAUGAAGCUGGGUCCCAACGACGGGGUCGAUGCCCGCAGCUGCUUCUGGCGUUCCGCCACGGAGAAAUUGGCCGAUGUGCGGGGGUUGCUGUCCACCACGGAGUGUUUGCAUAGCCUGUUGCAGCUGCGACAAAGGUCUCAAGGUGGUGAAGAAGGUCGCCUCGAUGAUCUCUUGUUCUUUUUCGCCUUGCGCUUGCAGCUGGUGGUGCAAGAAUACCAAGAUGACCCUGAUCGCUGCUGCCCUUGGUGCACGGAGAACCAGCGCCGCCGCGCAGUGCAUGCGGGCAACGACCGGAAGCUCAAAGAAGAGAUGGCCACGGCGGCGGAAAAAUGCAAGAAAGCCUUGAGAAAAGCGUAUGGCCAACAACGGCAUCAGGAGAUUUUGGCCAGGAUGGCCACCUAUGACGCCAACAAGGUUGAUGAUAUGACCGUCCCAACUGCAAGGCACAUUUUUGGCUCAGGGUCUCGGUGGUGGCUCGGCUCGGGCAGCGCCAAUGCCCGAGCUGCUCGGCUGACGGUGGGCGAACGCCUCGCAAAGGCGCAGGAGAGCGGUGACCCCGAGCAGAUCAAGGCGGCCCUGGAAGAAGCGAAGCGCGCAGGAGCGGACGAGGCUCAUGUUGAUGCCGCUUUGGCCGAACUGAAAAGAAAAGAAGAUGAUCCUGAAGCCAUCCUCGAGCUUAGCCAAAAGGCGGAAGCCUUCAAAAAAAAGGGCAACGAGAGGCUGAAGGACAAUACCAAGUCUGCCGCCAGAGAAGCCUUGGAAUUCUUCACCAGUGGCUGCUCGGCAUGGCAUGGCCGGUAUGCCAGCAAGACACAGCAAGACGAUGCAAGACCAGGGCACUGUAUGUGGAGCCUUGAAGGCUCCGACACCCCGGGCCUUAUUUGUUCAGACACACAGGCACUAGCGCCAUGUCGCCGGGUCGCAAUGUCCGACGCGUUCUUGCCGGCAUCGAAUACAUCGACCUUUCAGUAUCACUUCCAGCGCUACUUGGGCCAGGAAUGGGCCUUCAUUCGUCAGGGCCGGCAUCGUGAACCGGACGCCUCCGAAUGCUUGAGAAAGUUCGAUGGGGGUUAUCGGCUACACAGUGGCCAGUCGCUGUGGGGUGCCUGGGAACAACAGUUCCAGGACUGCAGCAAACUGCGUGGCAGGUACAUCAUCUUCUGUCCUGCCCUACGGCAAAGUCGAGCCUGGCGCCUGGACACCUUUGCAGUGAGCAAGGUUGGUGAACUAAUGUCACAGGUUUGGGCCAACGAGGUGGAAGAUGAAGUGCUGUAUAGGCUUGCCAAUCAGGAGAUUCCAGCAGAGCAGUACCAAGGCUCCAGCCAUUUGGGCGUGUGCGUCCCAGCUUCAUGCCCUCGCAGCAUGGAGCGCAUGCUCGGCUGGCACGUGGUGCUGAAAAAGCUUGGGUAUUUGGGCGGCGCCUAUGACAUGAGCCGCUCCCCCAGACGUAGCGAGGUCCUGCUGAGGCUGCAUGGGGACGGGGAUGGAGAGAAACAUCUGAAGGCAGGGAGGGAGCUGCAAGCAUCUUUAGCCAUAGCCUCUAUGGGGCCGCUGCCAUCCUGGUACUUGCAGCCCUUUGAGUGGCAGGCCCGACCUUCGAGGGUGGGAUUCUCAGUGGUAGGGGCGAGCCGCUAUUUCUUUGAGACUCGAUGGGGCGUUUUCUUGAACCGGAUCCAGAUUAUACCCAGGAAGAGGGUGGCCUUUUGUCCCAUUCCUAAAGCAGGCCUCUCACAGUGGUACCUUCUCCUGAAUCGUGUGGGCCAUUUAAAUGUUUCCUACUCUGACUUUCUGGAUGGAGCUUCCCGCUUUGACAGCCGUGUUUCUGGAUGGUUUGCAUCCCAUGACUACUGGAGGGAUCCACGAUGGAAAUUCGCGGUCUUUGUGCGAGAUCCGCUGGAACGAUUUGUGUCUGCCUUCCUGGAUAAGUGCCUGAAACCUUCCUCGCACUGUGGAGAUGAUUUGAGGCUGGGCUGGCGGAACGUGAGUAGUUCGAGCCCCUGGCGCGAGAAGCUCCGGGCCUUUCGGGUCUUCGUUUCUCUGCCAAUUUCGACGGCGAAAAUGCUGCAAAACGACCAUUGGAUCCCCCAGAGUGUGUAUCUGUUGCAUGGCUGUCAGUUCACCUGGCAACGCCUGGAUUUUGUUGGUUUGAUGACCUCAGACAAGUGGCAGAUGAAUCUGCAGGUCCGGGCGAUGUUGCAGAAGCUGGGUCUAUCCUUAGACCUGGCGUGCCAGUUGGCGGAUCAGUACUUCCCCAUCCAGGGCUUUGCCAGCAAAUAUAUGGAGAGGCAUGCAAAUAUCCACCGCAACCUUGGCGGGAGCAAGGGCAACAUCUUUCGCGCCUUCUAUGGGGGCAAGGAAACGCUUCAGCGAGUGAUGCGCUAUGUGCGCCAGGACGGUCUAAGCUUGGAAGUGCGGUGUAGCGAUCCAGUGCUCAAUGCGCAGCUGUACAGCAACCGCGCGCACGUGCGGCUCCUGCUGCGGCAAUUCGUUGAAGCUGUGGACGAUUGCCGAAAAGCCAUCGAAAGAGAUCCCAAAAACAUCAAGGCCUACUGGCGCGCUGCCCGGGCCUCCCUUCAGCUGGACCUGUGCCGCAAUGGCAUCGACUUUUGCGAAGCGGGACUGGAGCAAGCGCCCGGGGAUGCUGACCUGCAGAAGUUGCGCGCCACCUGUGCUGAAAAGCUGCAAGGGCAGCAGCAGAGGCGGAAAGCUCAAGAGAGCGCAGCGCGGGAUUUCAAUGCAGACGAGGCUAUGGCCAUCCAGGACAAGGUGACGGCACUCAACGAACAACUCUCCAGAUUGAAGGCGACUCUAGGGAGCAAGCAGCGGCAGCGCGUCCGUUUGGAACUGAUGCAGCAGACCAUCGAUUCCACCCCGGAAGAUGCCAAGCUCUACAGAGGUGUCGGUCGCUGCUUUUUGCUGGGCGAAAGACAAGUGAUGUUGGAUGAGAUGAAAAGGACGAUGGACAACAUCGACGAGGACCUGCCAAAGAUGCAGAAAGGAAGCGAGGAGCUUGAGAAACGAAAAGAUGAUGCUGAAAAGGAGCUCCGGGAAAUGAUCACGGCGUUCCGACAGCAAGCGGAUCAUGCGGCCACGGGACGCUCUACGCUCAACUUUCUGGAGGCGCUGCAGGUUGACCGAGAAGCUGAGACAAGUGCUGAGCGCACUGACGGCUUUUUGGACAAGAAGGAUUUGAAGAAGUAUGCCUUGAGUGAGUUCAAAUUCACUCUGCCGGACCCUGUUGCUGACAAGAUCAUCAAGCACCUCACAGCUCCUGGGGCCAAGGGCGUUGCCAAGGACGACUUUCAGAGAAUCAAGGUUCAAAUUGGCAUCGCCAGGGAUCGCCAGAUCGACCUUCAAAGAAAGAAGCGAAUGGACGAACUUAAGGAUCAACUUCAGGAUCGCAUUGAGAAGGAGGUGAAGACCGGUGUGGAUGAGAUCACCACGCUGAAUGCCUCCAUUGAGGCCAGAUUCCUUCCCCGGCAUUGGGAGGUUCAUUCGCUGAGCCCAAAGACUGCGUAG